CUGCUCUUUCUCACAUUCAAAUGCAAAGCCCGCCACCCUUUUCUUCUACCCUGAUGUAGCAAAAUUCAAAACUUACUUUUGUGUCUUCCCAAUUCCCAUUGCCCUUUUCUCUUUGGAAACAAGGCCUUUAUCAUUGGAAGUUUGAGAUUCCAACACCCCAAUUCCCUUCUCUUUUUGUUUUUUUAAAUUUAGUUUACUGCUUUUCUUUUCACUUUAUCUGUCUCUUUUGUUUCCUAGAUCAUUCAAAACAUGAAGAAGCUCUCAACUUCUUCUCAUGCAUCCCCAUCAUCUUCAUCUUCAUCCAUCACAAGCUUGGAACCAACUAUGUGCACCUCCAAAAGCACCUCUUCAGGGUGUCUCACUUCCAUCUUGCGCAAGAUUCUUUGCUCUGAUGGCCUUCCAAGAGACCAAACUAGAGAACUUGAUUCACUUGACAAAGAUCAAAACUUGAAGGGUAAGCAAAAUGUUGAGACUAGUACUACUUCUACUACUAUUACUACUCCUGGGAUAGUGGCAAGGUUAAUGGGUUUGGAAUCAAUUGAGAUGCCUUGUGGAUCAAAACCAAAUUCACUUUCUCGAAGCAGAUCCAUGAAUUCUGUGGACUGUUUGGGAGAAUUCAAUGGAAUGGAGGUUUUGCAUAAGAGGGUUAAGUCCACCUUGUCUUUUAGGGAGCCUCCGACUUUUCUUUUGCAUGAAAGUGACAAGUUUUUGGUGCUUAGUUUUGAAGGUAAGGGUGAGAGUAGGGAAUUCAAGUCCAGUGGGAGAAAGAGAGAACAGGGUUGUGAAGAAUUGAAGCAGAAAGUGAGAUCAGAAAGAGGUGAGUUGAGGGAAAACAAAAGAGAAAAGGUGUGUGAUGAGAAGGUACGGAAACUUGGGGGAAAAAGGGUGUCUCAUGUGUCUUGUGGGAAUGUUGGAAGUGAUGGUAAACUCAAAGAAAUCACCAACACUAUGCGUACUUCCAAGGCUUCAUUUGAAAAGAAGAAGGGUUUUGAUUAUGAAGCAGUGAAAUUGUCACAGAACAUGAAGGGCAAGGAAGUGGCGGUAGGUGAAAAACAGAAGAGGAGGAGAAGGAAGAAGAAGAAAACAAUUUGUCAAACAGAAAACAAAGUAGAAGUUGAUUGUAAGUCAGAAGAUUCAAGCCCUGUUUCUGUCCUUGAUUUUGAGCGUGAACUUUGUGGAACAGUUGAUUUGAGUUCAAGGAGAAAGUUGUCACCAAAGCUUGAAAGUGAUCAGCACAUUCCUGUGAAUUCUGAUGAUAACUUAGUGAUUGAUGAGAAGAAGGAUAAGGCAAUUGACAACAACAACAACAAAAAUGAAGGGUCAAAGAAAAAAGAGAAGAAGGUCCAAGAUUAUAUAGAUAUUUGUAGUGAAGUUUGCCGAAUAGUUGAUGAUGAAUUGGCUGCAUCAAAUCAGAAACAUAUAUGGACGAAUAAACAAGGUGAUUUAGGUGGUAUAAGUGCAGAUUUAGAGUCAGAAAUUUUUGAUUACUUGUUAAAUGAGCUUGUGGAUGAACUUGCUGGCAUCCAUUGACAACUUAAAUUUGUAAAUUUAGCAUAGUAUUGAUAAAGUGUAUAAAGAUUUAAAUUCCUUGCUUUUUCUCUGUUUUAAUUUUGUCCCUAUUACAUAGUGCUGCAUCCCGGAAGAUUCUUUGUCUCUGCUUUUGCUGAAUUUAUAGUGCUGUGCUGUGAGAUAUGAGCAAAGAUUUAAAAGCAAAUUGAUCUAGGGAGACAACAAAAUGCUUUUAGUUUUGGACCAAAAGCUCAUGGAUGUACGUGCCUUAAUAGUAAUUAUAGAAUAAAAUUAUAUCACAUUUUCCUUCUCAAAUAUGCAUCCCAGUUAUAUUCUUUUUCUUUCUAUUUUUUUUUUUAAAAACCAUGUUUUCUUUGCUUGAAAAUUACUAUGUUACUAUUGAG